AUGGAGGACGAGGCGGUGCUGGACCGGGGGGCGUCCUUACUAAAGCACAUGUGUGACGAGGAGGAGGUAGAAGGCCACCACACCGUUUACAUCGGCGUGCAUGUGCCCAAGAGCUAUCGGCGUCGGAGGCGUCACCGUCGGAGAACCGGCCACAAGGACAGAAAGGAGAAGUUGACAGAGAACACCUCUGACAAGUCGGACACGGAAAACAACGAUGAGGCCAGCAACAGCAUCCUCAAACCUCUCAUCUCACCAGCAGCCGAGAGGAUCCGCUUCAUGCUUGGGGAGGAAGAUGAUGGCCCAGCACCCCCACAACUCUUCACUGAGUUGGAUGAGCUCCUGUCAGUGGAUGGACAGGAGAUGGAGUGGAAAGAAACAGCCAG